GUUUUCUGUACUGCUAUGAUACAAGAUUUGGCCAGUGAACACGUGUUGGAACUUGGAGUGGAUGGAUAGUCAAUUCUAAUUAAGUCACCUUUUUUAAAGUAUUAUUCAAGAUUUGAAGGAAGAAUUUAAAUGUGUAUAUAUAUCGACAAUUUAAAAUCAAUCAAGUCCAAAUAUUUAGCAUUUGAGCGCCUUACACUAUUUCGUUUUGUGCCACAAUGAAGUACAUCCUGGUCACUGGUGGUGUCAUCUCAGGCAUCGGGAAGGGCAUCAUAGCCUCCAGUGUGGGAACCAUCCUCAAGUCAUGUGGUCUGCGUGUCACCGCCAUCAAGAUUGACCCCUACAUCAACAUAGAUGCAGGGACCUUCUCUCCGUACGAGCAUGGUGAGGUGUUUGUGCUGGACGAUGGGGGUGAGGUGGAUCUGGACCUGGGGAACUACGAGAGGUUCCUGGACAUCAGACUGACCAAAGACAACAACCUGACCACAGGCAAAAUCUACCAGUCUGUCAUCAACAAGGAGAGGAAAGGAGACUACCUGGGAAAGACCGUACAGGUGGUGCCCCACAUCACUGAUGCGAUCCAGGAGUGGGUGAUGCGUCAGGCCAGAGUACCUGUUGACGAUGAUGGUGUGGAGCCUCAGAUCUGUGUCAUCGAGCUAGGAGGCACUGUGGGAGACAUCGAGAGCAUGCCUUUCAUCGAAGCCUUCAGGCAGUUCCAGUUCAAGGUGAAGAGGGAGAACUUCUGUAACAUCCACGUCAGCCUGGUCCCACAGCCCAGUGCCACAGGAGAACAGAAGACCAAACCCACUCAGAACAGUGUCAGAGAGCUCAGAGGACUCGGCCUGUCUCCUGAUCUGAUCAUGUGUCGCUGCUCCACUUCCCUGGAGAACUCUGUUAAAGAGAAGAUCUCCAUGUUCUGUCAUGUAGAACCUGAACAGGUGAUCUGCGUGGCAGACGUGUCGUCCAUCUACAGAGUGCCUCUGCUACUGGAGAACCAGGGGGUGGUGGGCUACUUCUGUCAGAGAUUAGACCUUCCUAUAGAGACACGCCCCAGGAAGAUGCUCACUAAGUGGAAGGAGAUGUCUGACAGGUCAGACAGGCUCCUAGAGCAGUGUUCUAUAGCCCUGGUGGGGAAAUACACGAAGUUCACAGACUCCUACGCGUCAGUCAUCAAAGCGCUAGAACACUCGGCCUUAGCCAUCUGCCACAAACUGGAUAUCAAGUAUAUUGACUCAGCAGACCUGGAGCCAAACACACUGAAGGAGGAGCCUGUGAAGUACCAUGAGGCGUGGCAAAAACUCUGCAGUGCUGAUGGCAUCCUGGUACCUGGAGGGUUUGGAGUCAGAGGGACAGAGGGGAAGAUCCACGCCAUCAACUGGGCACGCAAACAGAAGAAACCCUUCCUAGGUGUGUGUCUAGGGAUGCAGCUGGCUGUGUGUGAAUUUGCCAGGAAUGUGCUAGAAUGGGAAGAUGCCAACUCUACAGAGUUUCAUCCCGAAUCAAAGCAUCCUGUUGUGAUUGACAUGCCAGAACACAAUCCUGGGCAGAUGGGUGGGACCAUGAGGCUGGGAAAGAGACGGACCAUUUUCAAGACCACCAACAGUAUACUAAGAAGACUUUACGGAGAUGCUGAGUACGUGGAUGAGAGACACAGACAUCGCUUUGAGGUGAACCCAGAGCUGAAAGAUCACUUUGAGGGGAAAGGCUUUCACUUCGUGGGUCAAGACGUAGAAGGGGAGCGAAUGGAAGUCAUCGAGUUAGACGAUCAUCCGUAUUUCGUAGGAGUGCAGUAUCAUCCAGAGUUCACCUCUCGCCCCAUCAAACCAUCGCCUCCCUACUUUGGCCUCCUGCUGGCAUCAGCCGGGAAACUACAGAGCUACCUACAGAAGGGCUGCUGUCGGUCUCCACGGGACACAUACAGUGAUCGGAGUGGCAGCAGCACCCCAGACUCAGAAAUAGUUGAGUCCUCCAUCUCACAGGAAUGUGUGACUGAGGGAAAGGAACAAUGAAAUCCCUUUCCAAACGGAGGAUCAAGACAAGGGCUAAAUUAAGACGUUUGCAUGUCUAUAUGCUCCCGACAACAGGCCGUCAUAUGGAACUGACUUUACCCAGGAUAACUCCCUUGAGAUCGAAACACUGAAUGUCCUAAGGAGCCCCCCCCCCAAUAUUUGACAAGAAAUUGUCUGUACAUUGCAGGGUUAAUGCAUCUUUAUUGCAGUAAAAGGGCUUUACAAGUGGAGAGGAAAUAUUUUUCUAUCAUUCAACCUGGCUCUUGAUGAGCUUACAGCACCAAUAAUAUUGUCUUAUUUAGCUUCACUCAUUGGAAGGAUGUGAGCCUUAUCCAUUUUUCGAGCAGCAGCUGCAUACAGGCCGUCAGUAGAAUUCCCACGUCAUUGGAUGUUAUGCGGGCAGGAGAAGGCCAUUGUUGUAUGACAGGCCUCACUUUUUCACAAGACCUGAGAAUAAAGUAAUGUUUUAGUGGCUGGAGACAAUGUAUCAUAUACACUUUGAAGGCGCUGUUCUGAUCUCAGUCCCAUAUCCGCAUGUUUCAUCCAUCAGUCACAUUUUUAAAAGAUAUCAAUCAUUGAUCAGAACACACCAGACCCUGCACAGAUGACUGAUUAGCAUGACGCAAAACAGAAGUACCUUAAAACCCGUAUUACGGGUAUAUCAACGUUGAAGUGUGAUUGGUCAAUGCCAGUCACAAGACCUGCAAAUGAAAUAAAGUUUAGCAUCUUGAUAUAUACACACAUUAUAUUUAAGGAUUUACUCUGAUCUUAAAUCCCAUAUCCGCAUGUUUCAUCCAGCAGUCACAAAAGGUAUCAGCAUUGAUCAGAACAUACCAGGCCCUCUGAAGAUAAGUGAGUGAUUUAUCCCCCCCGAUUGACAUUCCCGUUAAGGCACACUUGUACCUCCAGACAUGAGAAGUUAAGCUCCAACGGCAGGAUUUACAUUGGUGGAACUAUCAAAGCAACAUUACUAUGGUUCAAAGAUGCAGCUAAAUAUCUGUAGGACAGUAGAGUGACUACCUCAGGCACAGAGAGGCUAGGACAGUCAAAGACUCCCCAUUUCUCUGGCAUGAACUUGGAGAACCAGAGGCUACAGACAGCCCGGGUCCUUAGGAUAGCAUGCGACCAGAUAACACUUUGUUUAAAAAAAUCCUUACCGGCUGUUCAAUCCCAAGGUGAUUGGUCAUCACCGCUGCCAUUUCAGUUGGUACGAGACCUGAUGAGAAACAAAGUGACCUUAGUGGGAUGAUCAAUCUAGGUUCAUUUCCAUUCCAAAGCAUGGAUGUUUAAUUCAUUACUACUUGCAAUAAACAGGCUCAGAAGUUGAA